AUGGCCUCAAAGCAGCUUAUCGGCUCCUAUGUGCACAUACGCGAGAAGCCGCGGGAGCAGCAUGCUCUUCUCAUGCUGCGCAAAAUUGCGAGCCUGGUCAAACCGAUCAUGGUGAGUCGUGGAUUCACCGUCGGCUGCCUGGCAGAGUUUUAUCCUGCGCAACAUAAUCUACUCGGACUGAACAUCGACCACGGGCGCAAAAUCUGCAUCCGGCUGCGCCAGCCCUACGACGAGAACGCGUUCCUGGAGCUUGAAGACUGCGUGUACACCAUGCUUCAUGAACUCACCCAUAACCUCCACGGCCCGCACGACGAGGUGUUCCAUGCGUACCUCAAGGGCCUCGAAGACGAAUACAUAGCCGCCCGCAUCGCCGGCUACAACGGCGAGGGCUUCUACUCCGAGGGGAACCGCCUCGGCGCCGGCCGCGCGCCCCGGCCAUCCACCAUCGCCGACGCCCGCCGGCGGGCGUUGGCUGCGGCCGAGAAACGACAUGUCCAGUCCACCCCGGGGUCCACGCAGCGACUAGGCAGCAGCAGUGCCCCGGCGAACCCCCCUGAAAGGGUGGGGAUGAGGGAGCGGAUUGCGAGCGCGGCGCUCAGGAGGAUCAGGGCGCCGAGAUCGUGCGGGGGCGAGAGCGGCGGCAGGGAUAGGGGCCGCAUGGAGGAGGAGGCGGAGAGGGCGAUUAGGAAUGGGUUCCGCACGCAGGCGGAGGCGGAGGAGGCGGAUGAAGCGGCGAUUCUGAGGGCGGCGAUAGAGCUGAUUGAGAUUGGGGAGCGGGAGGAGCGGGAGGAGGAGGAGAGGAGGAGGAGGAGCUGGAUGCAGCGGGAUGGGUAUGUCUGGAUUGAGGAUGAGGAGCCGGUGCCUGUGCCUGUGCCGGCGGCGAGAGCGCCGGAUGCGGGGGCGAGGCACUCGCGCUCGAGCUCUGGGCGGAGCGGGGGGAGCAGACAUGUACCGAUACCGAUCGACCUCGACCACCCAGCGCCACACCAGGGCGGAAGCACAUGGGCCUGUAAUCUCUGCACGCUCAUCAACCCCACAUCGCACCGCAACUGCGACGCCUGCGGCGUGCAGCGGACAGGAGGAGGAGGAGAUGGAGAUAUCCAGAUACUCGAUGCGCCACCAGGGCCAAGGCCGCCAGGGGGGCUGCGGGGAGCGUCGUCGGGCAGGAAGAGGGAGCGGGUAAGGUUUGGGAUCAAUCCGGUGACGCCGGCGAGGCGGAUGUGGGAUUGUGGGAGGUGCAGGGGGACGAACGAUGUGGAGUGGCCGGCGUGUGCGGGGUGUGGGGCGGGGAGGAGGAGGGCGGGUGCUUAG